AUGACGCGCAGAAAGUCCCGAGGCAGAAAGGAUAAGGCACUGACCCGCGCCGCAGCCAUCAGCGACGACGAGCAGUCCGACAUUGGCGGCGACAUCAUCGUCCCCGUCAAGGAGACCCGCGGAAAGAGCCGAUCGGUCGACAUUGCGGAUGACCUUAGUGACACUAAGAGCGACCUUGACAUCCCCAAGGUUACCGGCGAUCUGAAUGGCAGUGCUGCCGCCGCCAACGGAGACGAUGACGAAGACGAGGACGAGGACGAUGAUGACCUCGAGGCCGACGAAUAUGUCGUUGAGAAGAUUCUUGACCACCAGGUCGGCGACGAUGGACUGGUCAACUUCAGAGUGAAGUGGGAGGGCUACGAGAAGAAGGCGGAUCAGACCUGGGAGCCAGAGGACUCGCUGAAGGAGGGCGCAGCUGAGAUUCUGGAAGAGUACCUUAGAGCGAUUGGUGGCCGCGAGGCACUGUUCGAGCAGAAGACCAAAGCCAAGACUACCAAGAAGCGCGGCCGCCCUGCUGCUUCAUCCACGCCACCAAUGACCACCAAGAAGUCUAGACGCAACGGCCACCCGGCCGACUCGACCCCUCCCGCUUCCGCAGUCGCCGCCGCGAAGGCCAAGCCGUGGACUUUGCCCAGCGGCAGCUGGGAAGAGGAUGUUGAGAGCAUCGAUGCAUGCCAGGAUGAGGUUUCGGGGGCGCUGGUCAUCUACUUGAACUGGAAGAACGGCCAAAAGACGAAGCACCCCACCGAGGUGGUGUACAAGCGAUGCCCGCAGAAGAUGCUCCGCUUCUAUGAGAAACACAUCCGAAUCGUCAAGUCAGAACCCGAGGCGGACGCUGAUAACCAUUUCCCCGAGAAGACUGCGCCAGAGGCUGAGAUGUGA